ACCACCUCGACAGGACCCUCUGCCUGGUGAAACAUAAACACAGCUCGGUUUCAUAGCAGUGGACAGACAGACCUUCUCCACCCAUUCAGGCUACGAAUACGGACACCACCAGCCUGCCAGCAGUGGAUCUUUCCCUACACUGGAUCCCUCUGCAUCAGUGGACAAAAUAAUGGAAACACCAUAAAAAAUGAACUUUGGAGCACCUGAGUAGCUAUUACUGAGCCUGCUGCCUGUCUAUUACCUGGGAUUGGUUGUCGACUCUAAAAGAGACAGUCAACACUCUUAAUAGGAGCGUUCAAAGCAAUAUGAGUGACUUAACAGAGUUUGAAAGAUGCCAAAUAGUUGCUGCGAGACUAUCAGGUGCAUCGGUCACCAAAACUGCUCAGCUGUUCAAUGUGGCAAGGGGAACAGUCUCCAGAGUCAUGACCGUGUACAUCAAACAUGGACGAACAGCAUCUGCAAAGAAGAACAGCGGUCGCAAGUCAAAGCUCACAGAAAAGGAUAGGCAGACACUCCUCAGGAUAGUCGAUGAACACCCUGAGUAUACAGCCUCAAAAAUAACCACAGAGUUGAACAGACACCUCUCACAUGCCGUCUCUGUGAAAACUAUACGGCGUGAGCUUCACAAAGCUGGUAUUUUUAGAGGAACAGCCAAUCGGGUAGCGGAGGCAGAGACGGACACAGAAAAGCAUGACGGAGACUGCACCAAACCAGAAUCUGGGUCUAGUGACAACGAGUGUGACACGCAAAAAACUGAAGAAGGGAGCUCCAGGUCUGGAAUACAAACAAAUGACAAAGACUGUGGCAAACAGAAGCCUGCAGGAGAGAAAACCAAAUCUGAACCACAGGCUAAGGGUGGAGAAUACAGCACAUAUAAGCCUGCUGAAAACAGCACGGGAUCUAAACCACAGACCAAUGAAGAGAACCAGAACUCACAAAAGCUUGAUGACAAGAACACGGGUCCUGUACCUCAGAGCAGUGAUAAGACAUAACAUGGAUUGAUGUGUUGUAUUUCAGCCUUUCUGACACACUCAGAUUGGUUAUGUUAAAAGAAAACCACGGGAUGCCUUCACCCCAUAAUGUCGCCAGCUGUUUAAUAUGCAAUUGGAUCUAUAAUGGCAUUGAAGUUAUUCGGUCUGAUUAUUUAUUUUUGCAUGGGUGCAAUGUUCAAACUUUUGACUUUUUCUUGGUUUACAAGCAAAUAUAACUUCAAUGCAGAUUGAUGAUAUUUGCCUGACAUGAAUUGAAUUAUUCAUGAUGUAGAUGUUAGAAUAUUAUGAUAUUGUUCAAUACAAAACACUCAAUUCAGAACACAUGGUGAAUUAAAAAAAAAUUACAUUUUGUUGAAGUUUCUAACAGUGCCAUGCUGAGCUGAUGAGCUGACACGAUGUUGGAUAUUUUGCAUCUGAUUGUUUGUGUUGUAUUGUGAAGCAUGACCUCCUCAGAAAAACCUCCUCCUUUGAGGUUUAACGACAGGUUGCAUUACUUCUAUCAUCAAGAGUUAGUUAACUUCUACAGUAUCUGGUUUGUCAGAUUUCUUAUCAAUCCUGUUCUCUUAAAAAAGCUGACCAGUCACAUCCUGCCUUGUCCACUUUCACCACAAUCCAGCAUGCCCUUUAAACCUGCUCCUGUUAACCCUGAUUUCUUCAUUCCCUCCAUCAUGUCCUCCAUUUCUGAGGUAUAUUUCCUUAAGUUAACGAGGGCAUGCUCUACUGUUUCUGGUACGUGACAGUGUUAACAAAAUCCAUUUAGAUGCAUCCCGAUAAUAUAGAGAGUCCCGUUCAGUUUACUGCAUCCUAUUUUUAGUCUGGUCAUUAUCACCUCCUCUUUCCCACUCUGUUUUGUAUUGCAUGUAGCUGUCUUCUAUCCUAUCUCCUGAUUCCAGUGCUGCUUCCACUCUUUCUUCAUUUCUUCAUUUCCUUUCUACCCUUUCCUUCUUUCAAACAAAACCUUCAAGAUGGGGUAAAAACUAACAGCAACUACAAUUGCAGAAGAGCCUUAAUAUAUAAUUGUUAUCAAAAAAUCAUAUUAUGCUGAAGUCAAUGUAAAAUAACCCAUCUUCUUGAAAUGUAAAGUGAGUUUAUUUUGUCAUACGAUGUCAGGUCUGUCAAAAAUCUUCAUAGUGUGUGUUUUCUAACAUGGGUCUUGGUGGUGAUUUUUAAAAAUAUUUUUCCAUUAAGGCUUCAUCGCAUUGAUUUCUCAGGCUAUCAUGCUCAGCUGUGGUGGUGACUGUUUGCUCAGGUAAAGUGUAAUAAACAAAAAUGUUGGGCUCAUUCACCUGCACCAUCUUCUCCAUGUUGGAAAUGUAUUGAAUGCUGACCUCUCAAUAAUGUUUUGAAUUCAACCAUGAAUCAUCACAUCCCAUAACAAGCUAUGUUUGCUUUUGUAUACUCAGUUUCAUAUAUGUGUAACAUCUGCAUGCAUGUGUACAGCUGUGGCAAAAAUGGGACUAGGACACAGAGCAUCAGACAACAUAUGUAAUGUUUG